AUGGCGUACAUAAUCUUAAGAACUCUACUCAUAUUGCUCGUUUUUAAAGCAAUAUUUGACGAAUUAUCGUAUGAGAAUUCGACUAUACAGAUUAACAAAACUGUCAGCAGAAAAUGCGAAAGCCUUGUGGUGGUUAUCCGUUUGAAUUCCGAAUUUAAGGCAAAUAUAUUUGCUUGGAGGGCGACAAAGACAACGGCGAAAUGUAAUUCAAAGGCCUCGAGGCUGAUUAUUGGGGGGAAACAAGCUCUCCGUUUCAUAGAGUAUGCGUUGGCAGCUAUUAUUCUACAACGAUCGGGUGAUGUGGCUAUAUUAUUGAAUCCUGGUCCAAGGGACAUGAAUCUACCGGUGAACCAUCUUCACUUUGGGCAACUUAAUGUCAAUGGUUUAAGAAAUAAAACACACGAAGUUCAGGAUAUGCUUUUGAAUUCUGGAAUGCACUUUCUUGGCCUGACAGAGACGAAGCUAGAUGAUGUAGUUUUAGACGGAUCGCUGGUAAUCGAAGGGUAUCAGUUUCUGAAAAAGAACAGAGACGCGAGGGGAGGCGGAAUAGGUCUAUACUAUAAGGACGCUUUUGUAUGUAAAGCAAGGGACGAUCUAGCUUCUCCUGAUAUUGAAGCUUUAUGGGUAGAAAUUUAUAGACACCGUGCACCAACGAUGCUACUUGGAAUCUUUUACUGCCCACCGAAGUCUAAUAGCGCUUAUAUGUCAAAAGUGUUCGAUUCCUGGGAAAAAGCAACCGAUGAAAAUAAGGCGACCUAUAUUCUAGGCGACUUUAACAAAAAUUGGUUCGAUGAGGAAGAGUCGGCGUUAAUGAGGUAUUAUGCUAACAUUUGUUGUUUUACUCAAGCAGUCGAGCAGUCUACACGGACAGUGCGAACAGCUAGUUAUAAUGCAUCUACAUGUCUUGACCUAGUAUUUACAAACAGAGCCGAACAAGAUCUGUAUAAAUGCGAAGUUAUUCAAAUAUGCUUCAGUGACCACGAUUUUACAGUAUUAUCGAAUAGGACUAAAAUUCCCAAAGGACCGGGUAGAGUGGUUUACAAACGUAGUUACAAACACUUUUCUAAAGACAAAUUCAUUAGCGAUCUGAAAUUAAUUCCGUUUUGGUUGGUCGAACUGUCAGAUGACCCAAAUGAAGCACUAAAUACUUUCAUCCAUUUGUUUACGGACAUUGUAGAUAUUUACGCACCUUUAAAGAAAUUUACGAUCAAAGCAAAACCGGCACCAUGGCUAACGGAGAGAAUUCGUGACUUGAUGAACCUCAGAGACGCAGCUAAGUUAGAAGCAAAAAAAUCUGGUUUUCUUUCGGACUGGGCUGUUUAUCGAAAACUGAGAAACUAUGUUGUAAAAAUGAAUAGAGAUAGUAAGAAAGAAUUCUACUUGGACGCCAUAAACAAGAGCGAGAAAAACCCAAAGUCUAUGUGGAACACUAUCAACGGUCUGUUAGGUAGAUCCAAUCACGUCACACCAACAAGCGUAGAAUGUAAUGGAGAGGUUUUUACUAAGUCAAAGGAUAUAGCAAAUCAUUUUUCUAAGUUUUUCGAACAAAAAGUUCUGAAGUUCAGAUCGGAAAUGAGCGAUGCAAUCGAUCGUGAGUACGUGUCUGACUCAAUUAGCAAAGUCAUGGCUGGUAAAUAUUGUCACCCGGCAUUUGAAUUCACUCCACAAAGUCUAUCUAUUGUCAAAGGACAUCUGAGUAAUCUUCCGAACAGUAAAACAUCCGGAGUGGAUAAUAUUGACAAUUAUUUACUUAAUAUUGCAUCUGAAGUCAUUGCUGCACCUAUCAGGCAUAUUCUAAAUUGUUCAUUUACAACAUCAACGUUUCCAGAUCAAUGGAAAAUUGCUAAAUUACGUCCGAUUCCUAAAGAUAGAAAAAAACCUUUUGAUGAUGAGAACUCUCGUCCUAUUAGUCAGUUAAAUAUUCUAAGUAAACUGCAUGAGAAAGCAGCGUUUCAGCAAAUCAAUCAGUAUCUCUCGGUGAACAAAAUAAUGGUGAUGAAUCAACAUGCCUACAGAGAAAACCAUAGUACAGAGACAGCACUAAUUCAGUUAACAGACGACUGUCUAAGAAACAUGGAAAACGGACUGCUCACCGGUGUAGCAUUGUUAGACUUUAGUGCUGCUUUUGAUCUAGUUGAUCAUGAUUUACUAUUGUUGAAACUGAAAGACUAUAAUUUUUCUGAAGGGGCCAUCGACUGGAUCAAAUCAUAUCUCACAGGCAGAAUUUCGAUGGUUAACAUAAACGGUGAAUUUUCUAGUCCAACGAAAAUUGUCUGUGGAGUACCCCAAGGAAGUUGUCUUGGACCUAUGCUGUUUAGUCUAUUCAUUAACGAUUUACCAUCUGUACUGGAUACAGCUAGUAUUACCUUGUAUGCUGAUGACAGCACUCCAUACCAUGUGGCAGAAAAUGUCAAUUUAAUAUCAGAAAAUCUUCAUAAUGAUCUACUUAACGUCGAGGAAUGGAUCCGGAAAAAUCGUCUGGUGCUAAAUGUGGAGAAAACUAAAAGUAUCCUAAUUGGAGGUCGCCAAAGGAUUAAAGUAGCACAGCCACUGAACCUAAGUAUGAAGAACAAAAGCAUUACUCAGUAUUCAUGUGUCAAACUUCUGAGAGUGCAGAUGGAUGAGGCAUUAAGUUGGAAACCCCAUUGCGAUGGUCUUUUGGAGGAUUGUUCAAAAGCGCUCGGUCUGUUGUAUAGAUUUAGUAAAUACAUACCAAAAACUGCUUUAAGAUCUAUUGCGGAUGCACUUAUACUAUCGAAACUCAACUACUGCUGUACGGUUUGGGGUUCAGCUCUGAAUCGGAAUUCUUUAGACUUUCUCCAAAUACUUCAAAACAAAGUCGCUAGAUUGAUCGUAGGUUGUAAAAUUCAUGAAAAAUCCAGAAAAGAACUACACAAUGAACUUAACUGGCUAACGGUCAGACAAAGAAUACACAUGAGAACAGCUAUGAUUAUACAUAGAACACUCUACUGGAAGGAACCAUUUACUAUAUUUAUGCAACUUCAUCCUCUCAUCAUUACCCAUGAACAUGAGACAAGAUUCGCAUCGAAGUGUAAAGGUGAUAAGUUACUACUUGCGAAACCUGUUUAUAAGAAGAAAACAUUCCUUGCUAGAGCGUUUACAACAAGAGGAAUAGAAAUUUGGAACAAUUUAAGUGUAGAGACAAAACACAUAGUAAUGAAAGGAGCUUUUAAAUCUGCUCUUCGUAAACAGUUGGCGUGGUUUAUUUGA